AAGAAGAAUCACUCGGCCCGCGUGUAAAGAAACAUGGCUGCGUUGUUUGAAGGAUACACGCUGUGUGGAAUUGGACCAGCGCAAAAUUCUACGAAUUCAGGAAUUCUGGGGAUUGAACUGGGCAGAGAUAUCGACCAUAUCCUCGUCACCGACGCUUCGAGAUCUGUCACUGUUUACAAGGUGUCUGAUCAGAAGCCUACGGGCAGUUGGACAGUGAAACAUGGGCAGAUAAUCACCUGCCCCGCUGUGUUUAACACUCAGUCUCAGGAAUAUGUGGUCGUAACUGAUGACAGGGUUGUCAGAGUUUGGAAAGAAGAUGAUGUCUACAUGGAAAAGGCUUUCAAAGCUACAGUUUCUGCUGAUGUUCUUAGAGUGCUGUCAGCUGCCGACUCUGAGGCUGUGGUGCUGUUUUGUUGUGGGGCUGUCAGGUUCCUGGACUCAUUGCUCGCUUCCCCACAACAGCCUAUAGAAGAUGUUUUGGCAGAGGAAGAAAUUAUCAGAUGGAGUACUGUUGUUAAGGCAGAGCACCAGCUUGUUGUUUUGUUCAACACAGAACAGAGAGGAGAGCACUGGCUUUAUGCUCAAAGAUUUAACCCCAACACCCUUGUGAAACACAGAAUUGAGACUGAACCUGGUCUCUCUGCACCUAUCAGUUUCUCUGCCACAUGCAGGGGUCGUAACAUACACCUGUUGUACUUGUAUUUGAAUGGCAGCUUGUAUGAGAGCGUGUUGCCACUCAGAAGUUCAGCAACAGUAGCUGAAGGUGUCCAGGCUCUACCUCGCUCCCUGCGUCUCAGUCUGCCUCUGGGGGAGGAAGAACUGAUAUCUGGUGCUGCUGUUGUGCUUGAUGAGGCUCAUGUAGCUGUGGUUGGAUUCCCCCACCCCUCUGCUGGAUCUUGCAAAGAUUACCUUUACAUCUGGAACACUCAUUUCCAAACUCUUCAGGCUAGUAAAGAAAUGUCAGGAAGGAUCUGUAGUCAGUUGUGGUGUUAUUCUGGGAAGCUGUAUGUCCCUCAUGGCAAGAUGCUUUCAGUAAUUCCUUUUGAGUGCCAGAAGUCAUCUCUCGCGGCUACCAUGGGAAAACUGAAGCAGAAUCGGAGUGAAUCCAAGUCAUGCAGCCGUUUGUCUUCCUGGACUGCCCAGCCUCAUGGUGACAUCACACAGACACCAGGAAUCAAGAGCAGGAUGUCAACAAGACAUACUUCUGUUGUCAAGUCUGCACUAACAGUGGAUCAACUUAUAGAACACAUUAAGACUGGUGCAGUAGAGGAUGUACAAGCAGAGGUGGGGGAGUUUAUUCGUCUGACGACUCAGACUGACCUACAGCUGGCAACAGGCAGGAUGGCAUUAGAGCUAGUGUCAAGAUCCCAGACAGAUGCCAACUUCUACCCUCAGGCUGUAUUUCUACAGCUGUUGGAGACUCGGUACCUCUGCUACAGUGUGUGCCCUGAUCUGCUGUCACUGGCCAUGGUGAAGAAAGAUUUCCAUCUCUGUCAGAUUGCUUUCCAAAUUUUUCCUGACAUUCCUGAAGCUGUCACCUGUGCUUGUCUUAAAACAAUUCUCAGUACUCCAGACUCUGAGAUUGAGACUGUGAAUCUUGACACAGAGAGUGUCAUCUUCAUGAAAGUGCUGACUCAGACACAAAGUGGAUUGGAGGAGGAGGGUGGGCAGCAGAACGGCUUCUGCCCUCCAGCAAUAGAGACUGAUGUAUCUGAUGCCCCCAGCACCAUGCUACAAAGAGAUCCUUUAGCCCUGGUUAUGAGCUGUCCUGUGGGGUUACACAAGGGUGCUCUUCUAAAUGAGGUUCUGCAGACAGCGUACAGUAACAAGCCCCUGCUGCCACAUCUAAAAGAUCUCACGGUUCCGCAGGUCAUUGACUUUUUACAGUAUCUACUUUUCCUUUAUCUCAAAUAUUCUCAUGAUGCCCACAAACAAAUCCCAGCUCUACGGACACCAAGUUUUUCUCAGAUAAUAGACUGGAUUUGCUUAUUACUAGAUGCUCAUUUCACAAUCUUGGCUGUGGCACCAGAAGCCAAAAGAUUGGUGUCUGAUCUUCACAAGUUUGUGAGAUCACAGGUAAAACUGUAUGCUGAACUGGGAAAAAUUGAGGGAAGUCUUCAAGUGCUCAAAAAGUCCAAACAAUCUGAAGAUUUUGGCAUGUACUCCAUAGAAGUAAUUGAGCUCUUUUAGAUGCACAGAUCUUUUUUAAUAAAAUGCUGUCAAUGGCUUCCAUUUUCUGCCAGUUUUUGGCAGUUUUCUUGGUUUGUUUUUAGAAAAAAAUGGAUUGAAAUUCUUACAAAUAAAUAUCCAAAAUAAUUAUGAAAUACUGAAGUAACGCUUUCCAGAUUGUUCUCUGAAAUCUCUUGUAAAAUGUUUGAUACAUAUGCAGAAUGUUUUCAAUAAAUAAAAUAUGGUACAGA